UUAGCUCGUGAAUAAUUAAACGUGUUCAAUAACUCUAUUAAAUGCUUAGCCUCAGCUUAUAUUUAUGGUUAUAUCUAACCCGUAGUUAAUAAUGCCCUGUCAAUAUGAUAAGAUUAAAGUUACAUUCUCACUACAAGAUACAAAGAUAAACGUAACGAUUUAGAUUAAAUUUGCCUCUAUAAAGUACCAAUUCAAAUACAGUGCUAAGUUAAAUACUAUAAGUUUCAUUUUAUAUGUUACGUUAGCAAAAUGUGUGAAGCCAAGGAUGUGGACGCUGAAGAAACUGUUGAAAGAAGUGUAGAUUUGGACUAUGUGUUGGUAAAUGAGUUGGGCCAGUUUGGACGAUUUCAGAUUAAAUACAUAUGUCUCAUUGCACUGCCAAUGAUGAGUGCGGGGUUCUUCGGCGAUUACGUGUUUACGGCCACAGCGAUUCCACAUAGAUGUCGUAUUCCCGAAUGCGGUGAGAGCACUAAGAGUGAUGUCUUCGGUCCGGACUGGAUCACCAAUGCAAUACCACUUACAGAUGCAGGCCCUAAAUUCGCAAGCUGUGAGAGAUAUGCACUUGCGCACUCUGGCUACAACGGCUCCUUGCUACACUGUCCCAUAGAUCUCUUUGAUCACUCAAUCACACAAAAAUGUGAUGAAUUUGUCUACGAUGGGGUCACUUCUGUUGUGUACGACUUUGACCUGGCAUGUAAAGAAUGGCUCAGAACCCUGGCAGGGACACUGAGUAGUCUUGGCACGCUGUUGGUCCUACCACUUGUCGGCUACAUCUCUGACCACUUUGGGCGACGCAUGGCAUUACUCUUCAGUGUCUUCAACACGGCCUUGAUUGGGGUUUUCAAGGCUUUUUCAGUAAACUAUACCAUGUUUCUUGCUCUACAACUACUGCAAACUACUUUAGGAGCAGGAUUAGCAAGUUCAGCUUACAUUUUUUCCACCGAGUUAGUAGGUCCUAAGUAUCGAGUGCUUACGUCCGCUACAUCUUCGGCAACGUUUUCCUGCGGGGAGGUAGUCCUAGGUGUAGUAGCCUGGCUCGUCCGCCCGUGGCGAUCUCUACUCAUGACUCUGUAUAUCCCGGUCUUUCUUCUUUUGUCUUACUAUUGGAUACUGUCUGAAAGCGUCCGUUGGCUGUUAGCAAAGAAGAAAUACGCGGAAGCAAGACAAGUACUAGAAAAUGUCGCUAAAACAAAUAAAACAAACAUAAGUGCGAAAUCUAUGAAUGCUUUAUUGAAUCCUCCAACAAGGAACUUCAAAAAGAUGCAGACUGAUCGUCGGAAUCUAAUACAAUCAAUCUUUAAAUCGAAAAUUCUUCUGAGACGCGUGUGUACUACACCGAUCUGGUGGAUAAGCACAACAUUCGUCUACUACGGCCUUUCUAUUAAUUCCACGAAUCUAUCAAAGACAAUAUACCUCAACUACAUCCUGACAGUUGCAAUAGAAAUACCAGGCUUUUACACGGCCGUGCUUACAUUGGAUAGAUUCGGGAGAAAGAUGACUCUUUGUACUGGUUUCUUUUUUAGUGCAGCCUGUAACUUAGCAUUCGUUUUUAUACCACCAGAGCUCACAGUGUUCCGGCUGGUAGUGUACCUCGCUGGUAAAUUCGGUAUUUCACUGGUGUUCACGUCUCUGUACCUCUAUACGUCAGAGCUCUACCCCACAGAGUUUAGACACAGUCUAUUGGGCUUCUCAUCUAUGGUCGGUCGGAUUGGUUCUAUAUGCGCACCUCUUACACCACUUCUUACUGAUUAUUGGCUUGGUUUGCCAAACACAGUGUUCGCUAUAUUGGGGUUGAUGUCAGGCCUCUUGGUCCUCACGCAGCCCGAAACUUUUGGAAGGAAAUUGCCGGAUACCUUGGAAGAGGCCGAAACCAUUGGAAAAUAAAAUUCAGAGCACGAUUACAAAUGUAUAAGAUCAAGCGUAGAAGUCUAUUGGUGCAUAACUCCUUAACUUAUUAAAUAGCAACUACGCAGCAGAUGGCAUAUCUACUAUAAGCGGAACAAGGCGUAUUUUAACUAUCAAUUUUACAUUGUCAUUCCGAUUACACCUCUG